GUUGUGGUCGGCAAACAGUGUUCGUCUCCGAAACGAAACUGCAGAGACCGAAAAAAUAUUAUUUCUUUAUUUAUCCUUCUCUUCCGCAAAUUAAAAGCGGCGUACAAUACUAGAAUACUAAAGCCUACGGCUAACCUGCGCACCUCCGUCGCUUCUUCUCAGCUCUCUCUCUCAUGGCUGUCUCAGUCUCUGCUCCGAUCUUGCCCCUCUGUUUCCAUCAGAGCGGCGAACAAAGUAGUCGUUUAGGUUACAUACAGCAGAAGAGAUUAAGUUCUGGUCGUAAUUCACGGAGCUCCAUCGGUUUCGGUGCGGAGAAGGUGCGUAAGUCGAGGGUUAGGGCUCCGGUUUGCAGAGCCGUGCCUCCUCUCUUGUUCAAAGAUCUCGACGCCGAUGAUUUUCGACAUCCUUUGGAUAAGCAGAACACGUUGUUACUAAGAGCCAUUCCGGGGUUGAACGAGUUCGGGAAAGCUCUGUUAGGAUCAGCGACGGAACAGAUCAUGCUUCUUGAGAACAUUGGUACUUCUGUUCUUGUCUCCAAGAACCAGCUCUCUGAUCUUCACUGUUUGUUGGUCGAAGCUGCUGAGAUUUUGAACAUAGAGGCUCCUGAUCUCUAUGUUCGACAGAGUCCUGUUCCAAACGCGUAUACACUGGCGAUAAGCGGUAAAAAGCCUUUCAUUGUCGUUCAUACCAGCCUCAUCGAGCUUCUUACUCGCCAGGAGCUUCAGGCUGUCUUGGCUCAUGAGCUAGGCCAUCUGAAGUGUGAUCACGGCGUGUGGCUCACCUUCGCUAAUAUUCUUACUCUUGGGGCUUAUACAGUCCCUGCUUUUGGGCAAAUGAUAGCUCGAACCUUGGAAGAACAGAUGCUUCGUUGGCUACGUUCAGCAGAGCUGACCUGUGACCGUGCAGCACUUCUCGUGGCCCAAGAUCCAAAGGUUGUUGUGUCCGUUCUAAUGAAGUUAGCUGGAGGAUGUCCAUCAAUUGCUGAUCAGCUAAAUGUUGAUGCGUUUCUAGAACAAGCCCGUUCAUAUGACAAAGCUUCUUCAUCCCCCUUGGGCUGGUACAUAAGAAAUGCUCAGACGAGUCAAUUAUCACAUCCAUUGCCGGUUCUUCGUGCACGCGAGGUUGAUGAGUGGUCAAGGAGUCUUGAAUACAGGAGUCUCCUGAAACGGGCUAAUCGAAUAAGCACGUUGGAGAAUGUUUAGUGGUGCAAAACAUUCAGAAAGGGAAAAAAAAAUAUAUAGCAUAUAGGGGACAAUACAGAUGGGGCACAUAAGAAAAAAGAGACUGGAUUCUUAGGUCUAAACAGGUACUGUAAAAACUCUUGUAUUUGUAUUUGUAUAUCUUAUUGUUGUGAUAGAUAACACAAAUGUAUAUUCAAGAGAAACAAAAGGAUCAGUGAUAGUAUAUAUGAUAAGAUUGUAUUAACUCGCCA